UAAAAAACGGGCUCAGUAGUGAACGGUACUUUGUAACGGCAACCGGCAAAAGGCAGUCGACGCGACCAGCGACCAGCGACCAACGACUAACGGUAUUGGGCGAAAGGGUAAUACAAAAGCAAGGAAGAAAGCAAGCAGAAAGGCCCGAAGAGCCAAAGGACCUCCAGGCUGUGCCGAAAAAUUGAGUGCUAGAGCAACUGCUGGCCAGGAUCUACGACCGCAGUAACUAGUUCCUUGACAGAGAGAGAGAGAGAGAGAGGCAGAAAGAGAAGGGUAGAGAGAAGAGCAUCCUUCCCCUCAUGGCCUGAAACAGCAACAGCAACAACGACAAAAAAGUCAGCACAUUUCCCUUUUGGAGGCCAAAACCGGGGGCCCAGACAGCAUUCCGAGACCAUCUCAUGAUGACAGCAAACGCCGCCACCGCUGCUGCUGCUGCCACUGCCACUGCCACAGUCGGUGCUGGUGCUGCUGCUGCUGCUAAGUGGGGCACCGUCACAAGGCAGACGCCCCAAAAAUAGACGCCUCGAAAAAACGGAGAGGAGAGAUGCUGCUGCUGCCCAGCAGCACCGUAGUGCAGAUGACGCCGCCGAUGCCGAUGCCGACGGGCUGUGCCUCUGCCUCUGCCUGUGCCUCCGCCUCCUCCACAUCGCAUUCGUCUGGCCUGGUGCUGGGCGUCUGUUGUGACCAGCUGAUGCCACAGCAUCCACAUCCACACCCAUAUCCAGUGCAUCGCACAACGACAGCAGUCCCAGGCCCAGGCCCAGGCCCAGUUCCAGUUUCAGCAACAAAGAAGCCACCAUUACUGGAGAGGGAGAGGCAGAAGGAGAGGCAGCUUCUUGCCACCAAAUGGCCGCCGCCCUGCUUCAUUGUCCUUGCAUCGCUGCUGGAGAUUUUUGUAUUCGUGUGCGUGGGUCAGGUCCCUCCGGAGGACUCUGUGCUCAUCUAUCGCCCCGACCUGCGCCUCCAGCUGUGGCGCUUCCUCAGCUACGCCCUGCUCCACGCCAGCUGGCUCCAUCUGGGCUUCAAUGUGCUCACACAACUGCUCUUCGGCCUGCCCCUGGAGAUGGUGCAUGGCUCUGCCCGGACGGGAGUGAUCUACAUGGCGGGCGUUCUGGCCGGAUCCCUGGGCACCAGUGUCGUCGACUCUGAGGUGUACCUGGUUGGCGCCAGUGGGGGGGUCUAUGCUCUCUUGGCUGCCCAGGUGGCCAGCGUGCUGCUGAACUUGGAGCAGAUGCGUCAUGGAAUCCUGCAGCUGAUGGCUGUGAUUCUGUUUGUUUUCUGCGACCUGGGCUACGCUCUGUAUUCCAGAGACCUCGAGGAACUGCAGGCGCGCCCCACUGUCUCCUAUAUCGCCCACAUGACGGGCGCCCUGGCCGGCUUGAGUGUGGGUCUGCUGCUCCUCAGGCAGCUGGACGGGGGCCUGCGUCCGCGACUGCUGCGCUGGCUGGCACUGGGCGUGUGGUCGGCAUUCAGUGUCUUUGGCAUAGCCUUCAAUCUGAUCAACACGGUGACCGCCCAGCUCCUGGCCGAGCAGGAGGGAGAGGUGCUCAAGCAGCACCUGCUCCACGACCUGGGAAUGGGUUAAAAGACUUCAUCACAUCAUAUCUUAUGCUUUAGUCUCUAGUCAUUAGAUGGUAAGACUCUCCCCCUCCCCCAGGACAGUGUGUGCUCAAAAAGAACCUUAAGUAUCUCUCGGAUAUCUGCUCAAAGUACUCUUUAAACUUAAGACCCUCAAAAAGAAAACAAAACAACAACAUUUACAUGUAUAUCUUAUGCCAAUGCCAAAGGAGUGGAGAGCCAGGCUCACAUCAGAGACUUUCCAAAAGAAAACCAAAGGAUUGCACGAAGGUUUUGCUCUCUAUUUUGGGAUGGUGGAUCCCAUCCAUCCAUCCAUCCAUCCGAUUGCCUAUUUAGUUAUAAUGCCAAAAGACAACCAGAGCUUAAAAGACGGAAAAUGUUAAGCAAUAAAGAACUUAAAGAUUUCUGAAGGAAGAACUAGAGAUAUCCCAGUAGUAAGUAUGAACAAAUGAAGAACUAAAUACAUCGAAAUAAUGUGCUGGAGAUAUAUAGAUACUAUCUAAAGAAAGAACUUAUGAGGAAAGAACUGAAAGAAUGUACUAAAGAUAUCCAAAUGAACUACACAGUAAUGAAAUCUUCAAUAAAUUGCUAAG